AUGGAGCAACUGCAGUGCCACGUCAAACAGUAUGCUUGGGGAAAGUAUGGUGAGGAGAGUGAAGUGGCACGACUUUUUGCAGAUGGACAUGACAAUUUUCAAAUUGAUAAUAACACACCGUAUGCAGAGCUCUGGAUGGGAACCCACCCGGAUGGACCUGCUCAAUUGAAAAAGUGCUCAACGAGACUUUCGACGUAUUUGGCUAAGCACCCAUCCCUUUUGACGAACAACAAUUCGGCAAAGAACAUUCAUUUGCCAUUUAUCAUGAAAGUUAUGUCGAUUCGAACCACACUCUCACUACAAGUCCAUCCAACCAAAGAGCAGGCUCGCAGAUUACAUGAACUGGACCCAAUCAAUUAUCCAGACAGAAACCAUAAGCCAGAGCUAGCAUAUGCUUUGACCCGAUUCGAACUUUUGUGUGGAUUUAGACCAGCUAGAGAAAUUUUGAAAAAUCUUCAAACAUUCCCAUCGUUCCGGUUACUUUUCGGAGGAGAUACUUACGCGAAACCCCUAGAAGAUUCGAUUCUCGAGGAGAAGAAAAUGGGCGUGGUCAAUCAGGAGUCUAGAAAAUGUUUGGAGAACUGUUUCAGAUUCAUGAUGGAUCCAGAUAGAUCUGAUGUACAUAACUUGGUAUCCAAACUUCUCUUGGAAUUGGACAAUGGACUUCGCGGAGCCAUUGAAGAAGGAACCGUUGAAGUGAUUAGAAAAAUGUCCGUAGAUUUCCCAAAUGAUAUUGGAAUCUUCUCACCUCUCUUCCUCAAUCAUAUGAUCCUCGAACCAGGACAAUGUUGUUAUUAUGCUGCUGAAGAGCUUCAUGCCUAUUUGAGUGGAGAAUGUGUUGAAUGUGUUGGAUGCUCUAACAAUACGAUUCGCGCGGCAAUGACUCCAAAAUAUAUCGAUAGAGAUGCCCUUUGCUCCGUACUCAACUAUAAAAUGACUGAACAAAAGGAUUAUUUGGUGCCGGAAAUGAAACUGACACCAUGUGUUGAUAUGUAUGCACCAGACUGUAAAGAUUUCCAAUUGCACAGAAUACGAGUGGGAACGGAUCAUACGUCAAAAGAGAUGUUGAUGCCUACUUUGGACUGUGCUUCAAUUCUCGUUGUGGUCAGUGGAAAAGGAACGAUCGAGGAGGCGACACAAGAAAAUCAGCUGAUCGGAAAGUAUGAGGUCAAGAGAGGAGACAUCUUUUAUAUCCCACCUAAACAUAACAUCAGAUUCCUGGACUGCUCGGAAGCGCUCGAAGGAUACAGAACAUUCAGUUAUGAAAUGGGACCAGACCAUGAUACCCGACUCGUAACUCCAGUGUCAAAAAAUACAAUCAACGAGAAAAUGUUAAAGUUAGAAGCGGAUAUGGAGGCUCCAACCACCGUAGUCAACAAGACUCCAACCGCCGUUGUUAAAGUUUAA